UUUUUUUUACUGAUAACUGAGCAAUCACCUAAGCUUCACGCAAGUCAUCCAAACCCUCUACAAAAUAAACAUUACAUGGCCGCUUGCCGCCUAUUCACAAAUUUCAUCUUCUCUUGGCUCACUCCUAAGAGAUGCUAUCAGCAGGAAAUUAUUAUUAUUAUUUUUUUAUCUCCAGGCGGUCAUGUAAUAUUCUCUUUUUGUCUUACGCAAAACUUGUUUAUUUUGGGUGAAAAUGACCUCGUAUCCAUAUCAAACGUUUUACACCAGGCCUCGCUUAGAAAAUGAAGACAAAGAUGGUCAAGAUGCACUAAAAUUUGACUUACAUAAAUGUAAUUCGCUGACUGGUUGAUUGACGAGUUGAUCGAUUCGCUCUUUCGGAUCCUUUCGGCGUUUCGAGUUUACCUUAGAAAACAACCGUUUAAAUAUGUAUCCAGUCGAGGAAGAUAUUUCGCGUUGACACGAUAUUUCCGCUUAACAGGAAUGUUUAAUUUUCUAUUUACAGUUGUUCUGUUCCGUUUUCCGUGCGUUACAGGCCAGCAUCAACGUUUGAUCCAAGGUGAUCAUGGUUUAAAGCGAUCUAGUUUUCAACACGGGUUGUCGUACGCAAAUUUUAAAGCUCACAAGUUUCAGCAUCUUCAAGGAUCUCUCUUAGACUCUUCUUGUGAAGUAGCCCGGGCCACAGAGUGCAGUUUCGCCUGUGUUGCUAAUGCACCCUGUGUUUCGUACAAUCUUGCUUUGUCUCCAAACGAAAAUGGAAAGCUUCGCUGCGAGCUGCUUAGUGAAGACAAGUUUAGAAGCCCUGACAAACUGACCGACUCACAACAAUUUCACCAUUACAGCAUAAAGGUAUUAUUGAUAAUUUGAAAUCCAGCUUAAUAUAACAUUUAUAUUCACUAUUGCAAAGAGUUGUUUUACCAACAAUGAUGUGUGUUUAGUGGGAUUUUUUUCUUGUAAAGAAAAGAGGAAAAAUGAAAUUGGAGGAAUAAAAUAAUAAAUUUUAUGAUCAUGAUCUAAGUGUCUGUUGCGGGCGAGGUGCAGUCCUCGCGGGAGCUAUUUUGAGAGCAAACUCUAGAUAUGCCGUAUGUUAUGUUGUCAUCUUAAGCCGUUUUAAAACGUAAACAAGUAGUCUGUACGAGAAGAAAACUGCUGUUGACUUUUUACAAAUCUCUUUUUUUUUUCCAGAUAUAUUCAAGUUUGAUAUGUAAAUUAGCAAAGUGAUGAACUCAUCCAACUCUUGAUUACAUAUGAAGAAAAGAUUAGAAAUGAUGUAAUUACGCGUGGUGUUUGGCUGUUGGAGACUUUUCUAUAAUCAUAUUUUUCUGCAUUCUCUGUAUACUCGUACAAACGUGUUUCAACAAUGCUAUACAUUUUCAUGUUUUUUGUUUUAUUGUAGACGCCUUGCUCAAGGAAUCGGUGCAAAAAUAACGGCAGCUGCAUCCCAAAUUACGAAGAGGAUCAAUACCAUUGUGUUUGCGCGCCGGGCUAUAGUGGUUUUCAUUGCACGAGAGGGUGUGGAGGUCCCUUGGGAAUGGAGAACCUUCAAAUAGCAGCAGCACAGAUUUCAGCGUCUUCUCAGUUUGAUGGAAAUCAUCUCCCAAGCCACGGAAGGCUGCAUUUCAAGGGUGGCCACGGAGCAUGGGCCGCAGGUGCGAGUGAUCCUAAUCAGUGGUUUCAAAUCGAUCUUCGUGUUGAGGCAAAUGUCACCUUUGUGGCAACUCAAGGGAGGUACGGUAGCUCCGGGCAACGGGUGACCCAGUACAAGUUACAAUACAGCAAGGAUGGACUUUCGUUUCAGGUUUAUAAGCAGAAUGGAGAGAACUCAGACAAGGUGUUUGUUGGAAACAGUGAUCAAGACACCGUGGUAAAACAUCCUUUGAUUCCUCCAAUCGAAGCGCGAUACAUCAGACUGAUACCCACAGCAUGGAAUCACCACAUCUCCAUGAGGAUAGAGCUCUACGGAUGUUUUGAGUGUCUGGCUCCGUUGGGAAUGGAAAACUUUAAAAUAACUCCCACACAGAUAACAGCGUCGUCUCAAUAUAGUGGAAGUCAUAUCCCAAACUAUGGAAGACUACACUACAAGGGUAAUGCCGGCGCGUGGUCAGUAAAAGUGAGAGAUCUACAUCAGUGGAUUCAAAUCGAUUUUGGAAUUGAGACAACUGUCAGUUAUGUGGCAACUCAAGGAAGGCAUAAUAUCGAGCAGUGGGUGACCCAAUACAAAUUACAGUACAGCAACGAUGGAAAUUCAUUUCAGGUUUUAAAACAGCACGGAGAGAAUGCAGAUAAGGUGUUUGUUGGAAACAAUGAUUCUGACACCGUGGUAAAACAUCACUUAACUCCACCAAUCAAAGCACGAUACAUCAGACUGACACCAACAGCAUGGAAGGGCCACAUCUCCAUGAGGAUGGAACUCUACGGUUGCCUUGGUAACUGACCCUUUAAUCCAACCCUGAAAGUCAACAAUCAGUAAUUUUUACUUGAUUGUACCUUGCCUUGGAAACUGACCCUUUAAUCUACCCUUAAACCCAACAAUAACUAAUUUUUACUUCUUAGUAUCUUCACUCUAGGAGAAAGGGCUUUAGAAGACUUGAAAGAGUUUAUUACUGCACGGGAGUACGUGCGAGAUGUGGGAGACUGGCUACUAGUGAGCAUGUUAACGGCUAUGAAAAUGUUGAAAAAACGAGCAAAUCGGAAAUUUAUCACAAAAUUGUAAUAAUGACCCUUCGCGGCGGUUUGUCUAUGGGAACUCAUCCCAUCAAAGACAUUCUUUACGCACAGAUCAACGAAGUUCUCAAAACGAUUUCCUAAAGCCUAUCCGUAAUUAAAACCAUAGAUGUUGAAUCUCUUUUUCGUUUCACCCUUAAUGUUAACUGCAAGAAUUCCUUUUAGUCGCCUCAGUAAAGAGUGAUUUGCUGCAUCCUGAAUCUCUUAUUUGUGAGCAGCAGAUCUAGAUAAUUCUGGAUUUUUUGUCACCUGUAGAGUGCGUUCGAGUUCGCAAAGCUAUACCGGUUAUUUGUCACCUUGACGAGCGUCGCGCACUCUUCCGACCACGGAAUACAGAAAAAAAAAA